AUGUGAUGUUGAUCUUUCACCUAAAGUAAUUUGGUUGGAGCUGUUGCUGGUAUCUACCAUCUCACAAAAUUUGAACUUGAUAGGUUGAAAACUGUGGAUGCCAAACUGCUAACAAACAUGCAGAAAGACAAACAACUGGAGCAGAUUACAUAUUUGGAAUAUAGACAUUCUUGUGUCUUACACUAUAUUUAUUGUGUUCAUCCUCCACAUUUGAAUACUAGCUCUUCUGUUGGAGCUUGUCUGGUGUUUGUUUCUUAUUACAAAGAUAUAUUUUCAAAGUGCAACUAUUAGCUUUUAGUGUAGCUUAGCUUAGCUUGUAUAACUAUUCCAUCUGCCAUCAGUUGAUAUGAGUGUCCAUACUUACAGACAGGCUGUAUAAGAAAUGACUCACACUAGCAGUACACUGGAGGAUCAGAGAGGUGAUAUGCUAACAUGCCUCUUCAGGUGAGCUGAAACCAGACACCUGGCUGUUACCAUGGCACCGCUGGGGGGUUGAUCGGAGGUGGAGAAGGACUCAAAUGCAGCUUUUUUCAAGGCUUCUUGAGCUAUGAUACUAGGCGUUUUGUCUUCCUCCUGCUGGCUGGGAUUAAUUUCAAUUGAGUGUUGAGUCCUGAAGGGAGCCAGUCAGCAAAUAAAAGUAUCAGAUGUAAAAUAGCGAUGGGUGGACAGUGGUGAUCCUAAACGCCUGGCAGGUCUUUGCCCUUCUGAUCGAUGUGUCACACAGCGAGGGGCUGUCAGCACCCCCCGCCACAGGCCGAACAACGGACAUCAGCACCGAUUCACCAAACCCCACUCCUCUUGUAGGAGGAGGAGGAGGAGGUGAGAGGGCAGAGGGAGGCCAAGAGGAGAGGCAAGUUGUCCGGGAACUGUGGUUCAUUGUAGUGAUGGCAGGCAUUGCCCUACUGCUGCUCGCCAUCGUGCUAGCUGUUGUGCUUCAUAAGGCCCUGAACAAACCCCCAUUCAGCAGAGAGAGACCUCCAUUGGUGGCCCUGCCCAUGCAGAAGAGGAGUCCCAUGGCUAUCUACCCACCCAGCAACUCUAUGUUGUUUGAUACUGUACCUGACACAACAGGCUUCUCUAACAGUGUAACGCUCAAGGCCUUCACCAUGAAGAUGGAGGAAGUGCUGGAAGCUAAAUGUGAGCCUGGAGAUGAGGAUCCUCCACAGGGUGAGUUGGGCAUCCUCAGUGUGAACUCCCUGAGGCGCAGCGUCAGCCAGGUGAUGGAUGGGAAGUCACUCACUGGAGACGAUGACGUGUGGGAUCCCAACAUUUCAGGCCAUGACAGUGGGAUGUUUAUGGAUGAUGAAGAAUUUGUUGAUACAAUCAAAGGUUUCAGCACAGUGAGGAAGGAGCACACCAUGUUCACCGACACUAACCUGUGACCUGGCGGCAGGGCCGGCAACAUCCUGAACAAGACUCUUAAAAUGCUUAAAUCCACCCUUUUUCAUGUUCAGCUAAAGCGUCAUAGCAGCUGGCUAACAGUUCUCUCAAGAUGAGCCACAGCUGCAGUAAAGAGGGGGGGAAAGUAUGAGGAGCCCAAUGGGAUUCGUGACAAGAACAGUGGAAUAACUCUGUGAAGGAAGGAGAAGGGAACUGUUCUGACAUUCAAACAUUACAGAGUGGAAGGUGGAAGCAGCUGCUUGUGUGGAAGGAAAACUAGGACACGUCUGACAUCACCACUGGACACACAGAAUUAAAGAGAGAAAAAAUCAAAGAUACAGACACAUACGUUUGUUAUUUAUAUCAAAGCUUUCCUGCCAUUUUCCGCUGUAAACCCUUUGAAGUCAUGCUGUAUUUGGAUGCUCUGUUAAAAAAAUCUCUUAUUUAAACCUUGGCAUGUUCAUUCAACUUUUUAUGUCAGUUUUUCCCAUAUUUAUAUAUCAUAAACAUAUCUCAAUUUUUUUUUAAUUAACUUUAACACUUCCAAAGAUGAAGUAAAGGAAAAAAUAUCUGGAAUCAUUAAGAGAAGCAUUACACUAUAAGAAGGUUUUUCCUUCCUAGGUUCAUUAGUUACUAUUAAUUCUUAGUUAUUAUUAAUCUCUGGCUCUCUCCCAGGGCGAGUCUUUUGUUGUGCCUCCCUCCCCUGACCUCCAAACUGGUCAUGGCUGAUGGCUGCCCCUGGCUGGUUCUGUGGGAGAUUUCUUUCUGUUAAAAGGGAGUUUUUUUAAUGUGGCCCUGAGAAGCCAAACGGACUGGAACACCAGCAAUAAGAAAAACGCUGCAAAAGCACACAAAGCACAAUGGAAAUAGGAAACACGACAAAAGAAAUAGGAAAAAAC